UCGACUGUGUCUGUCAAAUGAACUGGCAGACACAAAAAUGCCAAAAUGGCCGAAUUUUGUGGCAUCGUUUUGUGUCUAUAAACGUGUAAAAUCCUAGAAGCCCGUGAAGCCAGACGUCUGUUUUCGUGUUUAAACACGUACUUUUAUGUUUGUUGUAUACCACUUUAUCCCUGAAAUAGAAGAAAAGAAGCUAGCUUCAAGAUGAGUGAAGUCGUCAAGACUGAGGCGCCUUCUACGGAGUCUGAGAUGCCGGUUCCACCAGACGAUGAUAAAACAAAAUUCCCGCCCUUCCCUGAUCCCACUGAUACAGAUUUUGAUGACGAUAUUUUGGAGGAAGAGAGGAGCUUUUAUACAUUGAAAUUUCCAGAUUUAAAUGAGGUUAAAUCUGAACGAUUGCAUUGCACUGCUUGUGAUCGCCACUUGGGGUGCUCUAUGCGGAACGAAACUCGAAUGAGGUCGCACCCUUUGCUGCGUACUCUAACAUGCCACGCAUGUCACACAUUCUAUAACAGUGGAGAGUUUGAAAAGGGGGAUGAUGGCUCAGAACUCUAUUGCCGCUGGUGUGGCCAAGGAGGCCAGGUUUACUGUUGCUCGGACUGCCCUCAUGUAUUUUGUGCGAAAUGUAUAAAGCGAAACUUUGGUAUGCCAAAAAUCAAAGAGAUUGAAAACACUGAUGACUGGAAAUGUUUCAAAUGUAAUCCAAAGUGUCUGUGGGACCUUCGUGCUGUGUGCUGGGCUCUUUUACGCUUUUGUGACCUGCGAAAUAAGCUUAUAUUAACAACUCAGGAUGAAAAGUUAAAACAAGCAUAUCAAGACGCUUCUGCGUUAGAUGACAGCACAUGCUGCAAACACAAAAAAGAAAAAAGGAAGGAGAGAGAAUUAAAGAAAAAAGAGAUGGAGGAAUCGAGAAAAACUGCUGCUACUCUUAAAAUAAUUCCUCCUACUAUUCAGGUGAAGAAAUUUGCUUCAAUCAAUCUCGAUGAAUCCCCUAAAGAGAAGAAGGCUCAGAAGAGGCCAAUUAGUCCAAAAGCAAAGCCUAUACUAAUCAAAACUACUCCAGUAUCAAUGCCUAGCAGAUUACUAAAUCCUGUAGCUAUGCCUCCAAUGACAAAGAAAAUCAGGAUGGUUAAUCCUCCUGUGCAGCCUAUAGCUGCUGUUCGCAUACAGCCGAAAAAUAUUGCCAAUUUGACCUAUGCCCGGAUAAAGCCUAAGCCACCCCAGAUGCCAAUGACCAUUAUAAACAAUAUGAAUAAUUAUAAUGGAUACAAUAAUACAGGAAUCCUAAAUAACAUGCUUGUAAAUGACAAUAUCAAUUUAUCUUUGGAGAAUUUAACUCAGGGUUUGGACAUGUCGGCCGUCGCUUCUUCCUCCAACUUGGCCACCCCUAAUGAUGUGGUCUGCACCCCUGAUUUUCCACUAGAACCGUUAUGUGAGGUAACAGAAGAAAAUAAUGACGAUGAUGUAGAGUGCAUUACUCCUGCCCCUCCACUGGCUCCAGUGAGCAAUAUUCAACCACAAGCUACGUCACGAUAUAAUACAAUGUUCAAUGACUUAUCAAGUGACAAUAUCAUACAAAUGACUGAAAAUGAUGUGACUGUUAAUGCAGCCACUGGUGGGCUUAAGUUUCGGGUGGAUCCUCAAACAUUAUCAUCUAACAAAAUGUAUCGGCUGCCCGACGGGCGCAUAUUUGCCAUCAAUGCUAAUCCAAAUAUGCCAGGAGGGUAUUCUGCUACAAUCGUGGCGUUGACUGACGCCAGUAAAGGCACGCCUAAAGGUUCAAUAUACGCCGCAAAAAUUAAUACUUCACCAAGUGCACAUACGGCGAAAACUCCAUCGCCUACACCUCGAAAAGUAAAUCGUCAGCCUCCUCGUGUACAAAACAAUACAUUAGUGGUAAAACAAAUUGCACAACCAUCAGGUCGAGCAUCAAAAUCUACAAAGGACAAAUCUCCAAGACGUUGUGAUCUUAAUGUACCAAUCGAAUGGUACAGAUACAACUUAAUAGAUGCUGUUGAUGCCUUAGAGUAUUCACUCGCAAGAUUACAAAAAUUGAAAAAGGAAGCUACAACUGUGUUUUUAAGAACGCGCAAUGUCGAUGAAAUGCGGAGUCUUCAUAAGUCGUUAGAUCGAUUGCUCAAUACUUCAGCAACUAGGUUUAACGAAAUACGUGACAAUCUCCAUAAAGAAAUGAAACAAUAUGUAAUUAAGAAAACGGCUGAUGGUAGUGCAGUAAGCGACGAUGACGACGACGUUGAAAUUUUGAAUGAUACCGUUGACGAACCUAUAUUUAUUGACGAAAACUCUAUGGAAUCUAAUAAUGCAAAUGAAAGCCAAGCAAAUCACGAGGUAGACCUCACCGGUGCCGCCAGUAGCGAGCAUAAUGACAGUGGCGAAAAGUCAAUAGAUAGCUUUGAUAGAGAUCCUCUUGAUGAAACUGACCGAACUCGAGUUGAUACCAGUAUUGAUAGUCAGGCAGAUGAAAGUACUAUUACUAAAGAAAAUGAAGACACUGGCCUAAAUUUAAAUGGUGAUAAUGAUAAUAAAUCCAAUGAUUGUAAUGAAGAGAAGGAAAAUGACGAACAGUCAGAUAAAGAUGAAAAUCUCUCGUGCGCAAUUAAUGGUGAUGUCAAAGAUGACGAUGAACAAAAAAAAAGAACUCAACAAGAAAAUGACGAAAUAAAUAAACCCGUAACAGAGGAAAAGGAUAUUAAGAAAGAGGAUGAAGUAAAUGAUAACGAUAAAAAUAUUAGAAAAGAAGAUGAGGAAGAUCAGGGUUCUGAAACAGAUGAAAAAGGUGAUAUUAAAGAAAUGAUAGCAGAUGUCGAUCUCAACGACGACAAAACUCAGGAUACUGAAAUGACUGAAGAGUUGAUUGAGAACUUAUUAAAAGAUGAUACUGGCGGGGGUGAAAGUGACUCUCAAAAUUUAAAUAGCAUGGAUAUUUCGGAUGUGUUUAAUGAAUCAUAAACAUAACUGUUUCCUAUUUAGACAAAAUAAUAAAUAUUUCAUUAUUGGUCAUAUAAAUAAGUCGGUCAAAUGCUAGUUCGAAAUUUUAACAGUGAUCAUUUAUAUUAAGUUAAAAUGUAGGUAAGGUUAUAUUCUUUACUUUGUACUAAAUAAUAUUCUUUAUUUUGUACUGUAAUUUAAAUUAAGUGCUAUUGUGAUUAUUCGUUUCUUAGUUUUUCGUUAUUUUGUAACUCAACGAUGGGUACAUGCCUGGCAGCUCAAUAAUAUAAAUUUAUUCAAUGCAUGUUGUCUAUUAUAAUACAUAACUUCAUUGCAUUUAUACACGAAAUAUCUGGUCUAGGGUUCUGAACGCUGCAGGCCUCAAUUUCACGGUUAGCUCGGUAUCAGCCUGUCUCAUCCCCUCCAUAUAUUUCAAUUUAAUACCAAUGCUCGUCACCGGCGCUCUUUUGGAGUAGGUGGAGAUUCUUGUAUACUAUUACUCAUUUUUACAUGGAGUAAUUAGAUCUCGCUAACCGUAUAAGUAAGCUUCUCUAAAAGUAAAUGAAAUCUAGUGAUGGUGUGUUGUAUCAUUAUGUAUACUUUGAUAGUUAGUACAAAUGCUCGGUUUGCGCGCGUGUAGUGGCAACUUUUCCAGUAUGGAUUAUUUAGUCUAUGGUAUCACUGAAUUGGAAUUAAUUUUCGGAGGAAUGUGGUUUGAUGUGACUGAACCCAUAUGGUUCGGUUUUCGGUCCAGGUUGGAAGGUCAGAUGGCGCUCUGCAAUAUUUGGAACUACUGGGGGGUUAAAAAGGCCACGUCAAAGCAAUUCAUCCAAAAAAGUAAUACUGCUAUUUGACAUUUCUUUGCAUUGCGCACUUUUAUAUGCGCAAAUGUCAAAUUGCAAUAUAAUAUUGCUUUUUUAGAUGAGUUGCUUCGAUGUGGACUUUUUAGCCCCCCUGGUCAAUGUCAAACUUUGGUCAAGAGGCGAACCUUAUUGAGUGUAAAUUGGGUUGAAGAUUAUGUGAUGUUAUCUUAGUAUUUGUAAACAUUAAAUUCAUUCUUUUGCAUAAUGUGAGUGUGUAAGAAUCAUCCAUUCACAGUUUAUGCAUUUUUAAUACUUACGCUAUAGUAGAAACUAUACUUUAUUUACUUAACACCAGCAGCUAGUGUUAACUGGACAACAUUUUUGUUAUGUGUAUGUAACUAGCCUAUAUUUUGUAUAUGUAUGUCAGGUAUGUUGAAAACAAAAAAGUGUACUAGCUAUUUUCGUUCUGGCAUUGAUCGAUUUCUUGUAAGUACAUUUGGCAUAUUGAAUUAUAGCUGUCUAUGUUAAGAAUUAGCUUAGUAAGCAUACUAGACUAUUUUGUAAAUAUUCUUAUAGUCAAUAUACUUUGAUAGUAUAUUAAGGUUAUUCCUUUCAAUGUAAUAAAUUGUCAACAUUU